AAGGUCAAAAUCCAAUUUCAGAUUUCCACUGCUUGAUCCAAUAAUAUUACUAUUACUAAUACUAAUAUUAUCACUAACACUACUACUACUACUACUACGUGAAGAAGAUGAGGCUUGUUUCGUAUCUCAACAAAGCUUUUAAGUCUAAUAAUAAUAAUAAUAAUUUUGGUUCUUUGUCCAAGCUUCUCAUUGUUUUCUCUCUCAGUGGUGGGGGACUUGUUGCAUACUCAGAAUCACAAUCAAGCAGUGUAACAAACAACACAGAAGUUGAAAAAGCAUUAAAACAUAAGAAAAAAGUGGUUGUCCUUGGAACAGGAUGGGCUAGUACCAGUUUCCUCAAGGACUUGGAUAUUUCUUCAUAUGACGUUCAGGUGGUUUCUCCUCGAAAUUAUUUUGCUUUCACCCCGUUGUUACCCAGUGUUACUUGUGGAACAGUUGAGGCACGCAGCAUCGUGGAGCCAGUUCGUAACAUUAUCAAAAAGAAAAAUGGAGAAAUUCACUUUUGGGAAGCAGAAUGCACAAAGAUUGACGCAGCGAACAAGAAAGUUUUUUGUCGCUCCUCUAUUGAAGGAAACUUAGUGGGAAAGAAUGACUUUUCUCUAGAUUAUGACUAUUUGGUUGUUGCAACUGGAUCAGAAGUGAAUACCUUCAAUACUCCUGGCGUCAAGGAGUAUUGCCAUUUUCUCAAGGAAAUCGAAGAUGCUCAAAAGAUUCGUACGAGUGUAAUUGAUUGUUUUGAGAAGGCUAUCCUGCCAGAGUUAACUGAAGAGGAACGAAGAACAAACCUCCACUUUGUAAUAGUCGGUGGAGGCCCAACUGGAGUAGAAUUUGCAGCAGAGCUACAUGACUUUGUCCAUGAAGAUUUAGUCAAAUUAUAUCCCAUGGUCAAAGAUAUGGUUAGAAUAACAGUCAUUCAAUCUGGUGAUCAUAUUUUGAACACGUAUGAUAGUAGAAUCAGUACAUUUGCUGAAACUAAGUUCGCCAGGGACGGUAUUGAUGUACAGACCGGAUGUCGGGUUUUAGGUGUAUCAGAUAAAGAAGUCAAGGUGAAAGUUAAGUGUACCGGAGAGAAUGUUUCUAUACCUCAUGGGAUGGUUCUUUGGUCAACUGGUAUUGCAACCCGGCCUGUGGUGAAAGAUUUCAUGGACCAAGUUGGCCAGGGAAAUAGGAAGGUUUUAGCUACUGAUGAAUGGUUGCGAGUAAAGGGAAGAGAAGAUGUUUAUGCAAUUGGUGAUUGUGCCACAAUUGAUCAGCGUAAAAUCAUGGAAGAUAUUGGUGCGAUAUUCGAUGCAGCUGACAAGGAUAAGUCUGGAACCCUAACAGUAGAAGAAUUCCAAGAAAUUAUUGAUGACAUACUUAUACGUUAUCCCCAAGUUGAGAACCAUUUAAGAGACAAGAAUCUUUCCAGUGUGACUGAUCUUUUAAAUGAUCCAGAAGGAAACGCUAGAAAGGAAGUCGACAUUGAAGGGUUCAAGUCAGCUCUUUCACAAGUAGAUUUACAGAUGAAAAGUCUCCCUGCAACGGCACAGGUUGCUUCCCAACAAGGGACAUAUCUAUCAAGCUGCUUUAACAAGAUGGAGUUGGCCAAGACUCUACCAGAAGGCCCUCGCCGGUUCAUGAGUUCUGGUCGUCAUGACUUUCUUCCAUUUAGGUAUAAGCAUUUGGGGCAGUUUGCACCUCUAGGUGGAGAGCAGGCAGCAGCUGAACUGCCGGGAGAUUGGGUUUCAAUGGGUCGUAGUACACAAUGGCUAUGGUAUUCUAUUUAUGCAAGCAAACAAGUGAGCUGGAGAACAAGGGUACUAGUUGUAUCUGAUUGGACGAGAAGAUUCAUAUUUGGCAGAGACUCGAGUCGAAUUUGAAUUUUGUUCCCCUUGCCACUGUUUGCAGUUGAUGUUGACUUGAGUUCAAUUUAUGUAAUGCAAAUUGGAAGCUAGUAAUUUGUAUGAAAAUUGUCUUUCUUAAUGAUCACAAGCCGAAAUAUCUUGUUGCA